AUGGAAAAAGAGAAGAUGUGGUUAGAAUUGAAUCAAUUUCCAAAAAAGGUUCCUCUUAUGGUUGUAAUGAAAGCUAUGGGGAUGGAGAGUGAUCAAGAAGUUGUACAAUUGAUUGGAAGAGAUCCUCGUUACAGUUUGCUACUUUUGCCCUCCAUUGAGGAAUGUACAAAAAGUGGUGUAUUUACACAAGCCCAAGUAUUGGAGUACCUUGAUUCAAAAGCAAAACGUUCCAUGUUUCAAAACACGCAAGCUGAGAAGGAAGGAAGAGCAUUUUCUAUUCUAAGAGAUGUCUUUCUUGCAAACGUACCGGUGCACGAAGAUAAUUUUCGGCCGAAAUGUAUAUAUGUUACUGUUAUGAUAAGACGCAUAAUGGAUGCAAUUCUAAAUGCGGAUGCGAUGGAUGACAAGGAUUAUGUGGGUAACAAGCGAUUGGAGUUAUCUGGCCAGUUGAUCUCUCUUCUUUUUAAGGAUCUUUUUAAGUCUAUGACAUUUGAUGUUAAGAUUCAGGCAGACAAAAAUUUGGAAAAGUCAGACAAGGCUAAAAUUUUUGACUUCUCUCGUAUACUUGUUACUCGCGAUUGUAUCUCCCCUGGUUUGGAAAGGACGCUGUCAACUGGUAAUUUUGAGGUUAAAAGGUUCAGGAUGAAAAAAAGUGGAGUGACACAGGUGCUACAGAGGUUGUCAUUUAUAAGUGCUUUAGGUCAAAUGACAAGAGUCCAGCCACAGUUCGAGAAGUCCCGGAAAGUAAGUGGCCCUAGAGCUUUGCAGCCUAGCCAGUGGGGCAUGCUUUGUCCAUGUGAUACUCCUGAAGGCGAAGCUUGUGGACUAGUAAAGAACCUGGCUUUGAUGACUCAUGUCACUAAUGAUGAAGAGGAAGCCCCCCUGAUUUCUCUGUGCUAUAGUUUGGGUGUUGAAAACAUGGAACAUCUCUCUGGAGAAGAGCUUCAUACACCCGAUUCCUUUCUUGUCAUUUUUAAUGGUUUUAUCCUUGGCAAGCACAGGAGACCACGGCGUUUUGCUACUGCAAUGAGAAAGUUGCGAAGAGCAUGUCUAAUUGGCGAAUUUGUGAGUAUCUAUGUCAAUGAAAAACAGUGUUGUGUUUACUUAGCUUCAGAUGGUGGUAGAGUUUGCCGUCCUCUUGUCAUUGCUGACAAAGGAAUAUCAAGAGUCAAAGCUUAUCAUAUGAAAGAGUUAAAGGAUGGAGUGUGCACAUUUCGUGACUUUUUACGUAAGGGCUUGAUUGAGUAUCUUGAUGUCAAUGAGGAAAACAAUGCUAUGAUUGCUUUAUAUGAAGGAGGUGCAACAUUAGAAACUACCCAUAUUGAGAUUGAGCCUUUCACUAUCUUAGGAGUUUGCGCGGGGCUAAUUCCAUACCCUCAUCAUAAUCAAUCUCCUAGAAACACUUAUCAGUGUGCAAUGGGAAAGCAAGCUAUGGGAAAUAUAGCAUAUAACCAGCUCCGACGAAUGGACACCUUACUUUAUCUAUUGGUUUAUCCUCAACGACCUUUGUUGACAACAAAAUCAAUUGAGCUGGUUGGAUAUGAUAAGCUUGGAGCAGGUCAGAAUGCCACUGUAGCCGUAAUGAGCUACAGUGGUUAUGAUAUUGAGGAUGCAAUUGUCAUGAACAAGUCAUCUCUUGAUCGAGGCUUUGGUCGUUGUAUAGUUAUGAAAAGGUAUGUUGCCGUUAGACAAAAGUAUCAGAAUGGCACACAAGAUCGUAUAUUGAGGCCCAAUAGAGCUGCAGACUCGGGGGGAAAUAUGCAGAUACUUGAUGAUGAUGGGAUUGCUGCUCCUGGAGAAAUUAUUAGGCCAAAUGACAUUAUGGUAAACAAGCAAUCACCAAUUGAUAAGCAAACUCAUGGAUCUAUAGCUAACUUGCCCGAUAGUGCAUAUCGGUCCAGUCAUUCAACUUUCAGUAAAUGUCAUGGAGGUGAAGUAGUUGAUAGAGUAGUUCUUUGCAAUGAUAAGGAUAGUAACAUGUGUAUCAAACUUCUAGUCCGUCACACAAGGAGGCCUGAGUAG